AUGGCCGUCCCCGCAGAGUUCACGACGCUCGAUAUUAGCGGCACGUUCUACAUGAACAAAAGCCUCAGCGAUUCCACCGAUGCCAUCCUUACCGCCCAAGGUGUAGGUUGGCUCAAGCGCAGGGCCAUCAGCAUGGGAUCGCUGCAUUUGACCGUCAAACACUACAAGGACAGCGAAGGCGUCGAGCACAUUGAUAUCGACCAGGUUGUUGCGGGACUUGCGGGCACUCGGGAGGAGCGUGUGUUGAACUAUGAAGAACGCACUCAUAAUGACCAUGUCUUUGGCCAUGUCAUCGGCAAAUCGAGGAGAAUACCAGUCGCAGAUAUUGAGGAGGAGUUCUUGAAGAAGGGAUGGACAGAAGAGACUGUCACGAAUGGAGCCAUAGAAUCGUACGUUGAGAGCGAUACACCCAAGAGCGGGACUUCGUGGAUCGCGAAACAGAUCUGGGGUACCGAGGUCAUCGACGGCGUAACGCGAUACACCCGCCACGUUUACUUCACUGGUCCCGAUGGCAAAGUGAUUGAGGCCCGUCUUGUCUAUGACUAUGCGGGACCCCUUCCUGAACCCUCCGCUUGA